UAGCACCACUAUUUACCACUGACUCGUCCUCGGACAAACCGGAAGUAGAAGAAGCUCUUGUUCUGGCGGCAGCGUGGAAUACGUUAGCGUUUACCUCUCUGUGAAACUGUUUAGUUUGCUGUAGAAAGGUUACAAAAGCCCAAGUUCGUGUCCGACAUGGUGAAGCUGUCUGCGGAGCUGAUUGAGCAGGCUGCUCAGUACACCAACCCUGUGAGAGACAGAGAGCUGGAUUUACGAGGUUAUAAGAUCCCAGUGGUGGAAAACCUCGGAGCUACUCUGGACCAGUUUGACACUGUAGAUUUCUCUGAUAAUGAAGUGAGAAAACUGGACGGCUUCCCUUUGCUAAAGAGGCUGAAGACGCUGCUGAUGAACAACAACAGGGUCUGUCGUAUCGGCGAAAAUCUGGAGCAGUGUCUACCAAGUCUACGAGAGCUGGUUCUGACAAACAACAACAUCCAAGAUCUGGGUGACUUGGACCCUCUGGCCUCGGUGAAGACUUUAACUCUUCUCAGCUUGUUGAGGAAUCCAGUCACAAACAAGAAGCAUUACAGGCUGUACGUCAUCAACAAAAUACCACAGAUUCGCGUUCUUGAUUUUCAGAAAGUGAAGCUCAAGGAACGUCAAGAGGCAGAAAAGAUGUUCAAAGGCAAACGCGGUGCUCAGCUUGCCAAGGAUAUCUCCCAGCGAAUGAAAACAUUCACUCCUGGAGUCUCGGCGCAGCCGGAGAAGAAGAGUGGACCAUCUCAAGCAGACGUGGAGGCAAUCAAGAAUGCCAUUACAAAUGCCUCAUCGUUGGCUGAGGUGGAGAGGUUGACGGGAAUGCUGCAGGCUGGACAGAUCCCAGGUCGAGACGCUCAACAAGGUUCGGCUGAGAUGGAGGAGGAGGAAGAGGAGGGCGCUGAGGCUGGAGCUCACAUGGAGGAGGAUUAUGGAGAAGAUGAGAAAGAUAUGGAUCAGAGAGAUGAAGAUAUGGACGAAGAGCCGCAUGUAAACGGCUCCUGAAUCAGACGUUUUUGCUUUUCUUUGAAGAUUUAUUGCGUUGCACUUUUUUAUUUUUAUUUUUUACCAGGGCUGUUUUCUGUAAGUCUUGUACGACACAAAUCUAACUGAAUUGGUUUGCUGCUGUGUGGCUUCGCUGUAGACUAUUCUUUGUAUUCCCCCUUCAGUAACAAUAAAAAAUGUACAAAGA